AUGUCGUCGGAGAAAGGAGGAGAGGGUACUCACUCCCUGUCAAGCGAAGGAGGAUCACCAAAUGGGAAAGAUGGCAGUUCUACAAUGUCACCAAAGGGAAAAGGGGUUCAGUUUGCUAAUGAAGGUGGUCGGAGUAAAGGAGAAAAGAAAGGCAAGAUUCCAAAAGGUGUAAAGAUUCCUAUGUGGAAAGAACCAGAACCAUCAGACAUUGAAGUUGGGCAGGGUUGGCCUCUCGCAGAUUAUGGUGUCUCUGAUAGUGAGACGUGUGUGAUUGGUAAUGUUUGUCCAGAAACUGUUGAUGAAGUUUUUGCAUUUGUCCCAUCUCUAGAGGAUAAGAGAAGCAAAAUUGACGUCCAAGUUCUUAAAGAUGUAUUGAGUGAGCUUGCUAAGCUUAAAGCCACAUAA